GCUUGGGGUGUUGGGGGCGGCAGCACCCCCAGCUCCUCCGACCUGCCGAGCCCGGGGCCCUGUGGUCACUGUCACCCGCCCGGCUCUCCGUGGGGGUGUGGGGGGUCCCAGCCUGAGAGGCCGUCGGCGACCGUGUGACCAUGUCCUCUCUCUCCACCAGGUGACCAGGCAUUGAUGCCCCCCCAGGGAGGCCACGCACACACGGAGGUCACCCCCGCUGGCUGCUGCGCACAUGGUUUCUGGGCCCCUGGCACCCCGGUGGUACGCGUGGGGAGGCCGCGGGGACGCGGGCACCGCCAUGGAGCUGCCCAGCCACUCCAAGCAGCUCCUGCUGCAGCUCAACCAGCAGAGGACCAAGGGCUUCCUGUGUGACGUCGUCAUCAUGGUGGAGAACGCCGUCUUCCGGGCCCACAAGAACGUCCUGGCCGCCAGCAGCAUCUACUUCAAGUCCCUGGUCCUGCACGACAACCUCAUCAACCUGGACACGGACAUGGUCAGCUCUGCCGUGUUCCAGCAGAUCCUGGACUUCAUCUACACGGGCAAGCUGCUGCCCGGCGACCCGCCGGCCGAGCCCAACUUCGGCACCCUCCUCACCGCCGCCAGCUACCUCCAGCUGCCCGAGCUGGCCGCCCUGUGCCGCCGCAAGCUGAAGCGCGCGGGGAAGCCCUUCGGCUCGGCCCGGGUCGGGGCCACGGGCAUGGGGCGGCCAGCUCGCAGCCCGCGCCUCGCCGCCGCCUCCGUCAUCCAGGCCCGGUACCCGGGCCUCGGGGGCGGGCGCCAGGGGCUGCACCCUGCCCCGGAGCCACCCCCUGGCAAGGGCUCCGACGACGACGAGCUUUUCCUCGGCAGCGCCAACCCGGAGGCGGUGCACGGCCUGGGCCGGCCCGGCUGCCCGGCCGGCGGGGAGCCGGGCCUGGGCGGCUGUGGCGGCAGCACCAGUGGGAGCAGUGGGGGCUGCGAGCAGGAGCUGGGCCUCGACCUGUCCAAAAAGAGCCCCCCGCUGCCGCCCGCCACCCCUGGCCCUCACCUCAGCCCCGACGACCCGGCCCGGCUGAGUGACAGUCAGCACGGUUCGCCGUCCUCCGCCCCCGCCCUGCCCACUGCCAACAGUGCCUCGUACGCCGAGCUGGGGGGCACCCCUGACGAGCCCAUGGACCUGGAGGGGGCCGAGGACCACCCCCUGGGGCUGCCGGAGGGGCCCGGCGGGCAGCCCCGCAAAAGCCUGCGGCACUCAGCUCGCCGGAAGGAGUGGAGCCGGAAGGAGCCCGUGGUCUGCUCCCCGUUCGAGCGGAAAGAAGCAGGGCCCAAGGGCCCCUGCCCCGGGGAGGAGGGCGAGGGGCUCGGGGACAGGGUCCCCAACGGCAUCCUGGGGGCCGGUGGCGGGGGCGGCGGGCCCUACGGGGAGCCCCCGUUCCCCUGCAAGGAGGAGGAGGGUGAGAACGGCAAGGACGGGAGCGACGAGAGCGGGCAGAGCGGCAGCGAGGCGGGCGCCCGCUACGUGUUCCGGCAGGAGGGCUACGAGCCCGUGCCCUACGGUGACAACCUGUACGUGUGCAUCCCCUGCGCCAAGGGCUUCCCCAGCUCGGAGCAGCUCAACGCCCACGUGGAGACGCACACGGAGGAGGAGCUGCUGCUCAAGGAGGAGGGGGCCUACGAGACGGGCAGCGGGGGCGCCGAGGAGGAGGCCGAGGACCUGUCGGCGCCCAGCGCGCCCUUCGCGGCCGAGCCGCGGCCCUUCAAGUGCUCGGUGUGUGAGAAGGCGUACAAGGACCCGGCCACGCUGCGGCAGCACGAGAAGACGCACUGGCUGACGCGGCCCUUCCCGUGCAGCAUCUGCGGCAAGAUGUUCACGCAGCGCGGCACCAUGACCCGCCACAUGCGCAGCCACCUGGGCCUGAAGCCCUUCGCCUGUGAGGAGUGCGGCAUGCGCUUCACGCGCCAGUACCGCCUCACGGAGCACAUGCGCGUGCACUCGGGCGAGAAGCCCUACGAGUGCCAGCUCUGCGGCGGCAAGUUCACGCAGCAGCGCAACCUCAUCAGCCACCUGCGCAUGCACACCUCACCCGCCUAGAAGCCAAAGACCGCCCGGCGGCCCCCCGCGGCCCAUGCACCACGGGAAGGUGCCGGAAGGGGGCCGCCGGGGCCACGUCCACCUCCGUCCCGCCCUGGGCGCCGCCUCGCCGUGCCUCGGUUUCCUUCCCGCGGCCGGGCGGGCAGGAGGCUGCCGUGACGCGUGUGUGCGGCAUGCUUGUGUCUGGGUGCGGGCCGUCCCCUCGGCCCCGGGACCGUCAGGGUGAGCCCACCGCCUCUACCUCGCAACCACUAAAGCGCCCCCGGGGCCGUGGCGCCGUUAUUCCUACUGAGCUGUGUUUUUCCUUUCACAUUUUGUUUUUGGAACCAAAACAAACCGUAAGUCGAUUUUCUCCCGGGGCCGAGGGUGGGUUCUGCAGACUGAAUGUAUCGGGGGCACCCGCCUCUGCCUCUUGUCCCCUGGUGCCAGUGGGGGGUGCAGACAGGUGAUGCCCACCUCCCCGGGCCCCAGAAGCCCCUCUUGCCCAAAGGCCUCCCCGGGCCUGAGGCCCUGCCCCGGCCGCCUCGGGAGAGUGUGCUCGCUCUAUAGUUUCCAAGGAAUAUUCUUUGU